AUGAGCGACAUAAAUUUAACGUCAGAUGAGAUUACCAAGUUGAAGAAUGCUUUCAAAGACCCAGAAUUUCGCAAACUAUUCAGAGAAUAUGCAGAAGAAAUAUCUGAUCCCAUUAACAAGAAAAAAUAUGAAGAUGAAAUAAAGUUAAUGGAAUUAGAACAGGGAAUGGAUGUGCAAUUUAUCAAUCCUACCCCGGGACAUUGUUUCAAAACUCGACAUUGGCCAUGUGUCGUACAGUGUUCUGAUAGUAAAACCGCUUUAAAAGAAGAGGAUAACCCAACUAAUGAAUCCGUAAAAGUUUUCAUAAAUGUCUGCAAAUCGGAUGCAGUAGAGUGUCCACAAAUAAAAUCAAUGAAAAAUGAUUCUUCGGUACAUGGUGGUGGCGGUAGAUCCUAUUGGAGCAUUCCGCAUUGUUUUACUCCUCCACGUGAAGAUUUUGAUAAAAGCAAAAACCAUGCAACGGUAUAUGAUGUGGUGUUCAAUCCGAAAGCAUUUGAACUGGCCAACUCAUCUGCAGCUUUUAAAAAACUUCUUAACGUAACAGCAAUCGAAGGCCUGCAGAAACAGUACAAUUUAUGUCUUGGAAUGACUUUCAAACAAGCAUUACACUUGUUCAGACGUAGGAGAGACAAAGACUCAAAGAAUUCUCAGAGUGGAUCAGUUUGUCCAAAAUCUCUGGCUGAUGAUGAUAAUGCUUUGCUUAAAGCAGUCCACCUGUUAAGUGGUGUAUCAUACAAAGGUGUUGCUCGACCAACAGUAAUUAGGCGGCGACGCUCAGAUUAUGAACAACGUCAAGCUGAAUUAAAAAGAAGGGAAACAGAAGAUUUAAAGUUUUGCACAACUGCUCAACAAAAGCAAGCUAUGAAAAGACUCUCCGCCUAUCCACCUUACGAAAAUGUUGACACGUCAAAUGACCCAAAAGAUAAGAUUGAAAAAAAUGUCAAAUCAAAUGAAAUGAACGGGCCUACUAAACCAGACUAUACUAUAACCUACAGUUCAGAUUUUGAUAUGAGCAAUUGUAGAAACUCUGGUGAUGUAAAUCCUCUUCGUCCACCUGAUCGUUUAAUAGUCAAUAUUAAAUUUCCUGAUCUAACUUCAUCGUCAGGUCUUGAUUUAGAUGUACAGACAACACAAUUACAUGUGGCUAGUGAGAAGCCUAUCGCCUAUCUUCUUGACCUGAAACUCCCUUAUGAAGUGGAUGCUUCCGAAGGUACCGCGAAAUUCGACAAAUCUACUCAUACUCUAUGCGUUACACUUCCUUUAAUUAAAAAAGAAGAACCCAGUGCUGGUAAAUUUAUUGAUAAUACUGAAAGUAAUGGUGACAAUAACCUCAAGGACGAUGACGAUGAUGGUGAUGAUGAUAAUGAUGACGAUAAAGAAUGCUCGACUAAUCAAGCUAUUCAGCAAGAAUCAAUUGCAGCUGAGCCUUCGUUAACCGAUGCUUCACAAGAGUGUUCAUCCACUGGAAUGGAAUCUCCAUCAUCCUAUCCAGAUCAUAGUUCUAAUUCCCUUAUACCUAAUAUGACGUGUUCCAGUCUGUGUAGUGACAGUGAGGCUACACUGGACAAUACCAAUGAUAUAUCCUCUAAACCACAAAUAGAGGAUGACAGAAACUCAGAAAUUAUGAAUCACCACCAAUUAAAUUCACCCCAUAGCUGUUCCAUCGAAUGUUGGAAUACCAAUGACAUAAAAUCUGUUAAUAAUUGUGACGAUAAUAAUACUACUACUAAUAAUAAUAAUGACAAUAUUAUUGAAGAGAAUAAUACCAACUUAGAAGAUUAUCAGUUAUCGAAUACGAUUCACUUAUCUUCUAACGAAUUAAAUGGUCAAGUUAAUAAAAGUGAACGUCUAAGGCAUAAUUCCUCGCCCAGGAAUUCAGAAGAAAUCAACUGUCAAACGGCGUCAGCAUUGAAGAGUAUUCUCAAGCACUGUUCAAUAUCACAAUAUAGUGGAGAUGGAGUAGGCAUUUCAGAUAGGAAUGAUUUACAUGAUGGUGCUGUUGCUGGACUAUCUGGUGACAAUCAUGAUGCUGUACCAUCUGAAGGUAGCAUUCACCUUCAACAGACUUUAUCGAUUGACAAAUCGUCAGUAGUGGAACCCAAUGGAAAAAAUGUACAAUAUGUUGUUAAUCAUUUAUCUUCACGCGGGCUACCAACAAAAUCUGUGAGUUUCUCGCAACAUGUCGGGUUUUCUCCUGGAGACGCUUUGGAGGCAUCACAUAAUGAUUUGUGCAGUAUUCAGGAAAACGCCCUUGGUCAAAAAGACACGCACCAUUAUUAUCAUCAUCAUCAUCAUAAAAGUGAUGGAAAUCUAAAUCAUCUGGACAAUGAAGGAAGCUCUACAAGAUUGGAUGCUGACCUGAGUUGCUCUAAUAAUAACCUCUUUAAGCCUGUAAAUGAUACUUCCUCAUCUUCUGAAACGGAAUCAUCAAAUAAUCAGCAUAAUCCUGAUAAUUCACUUGUUGAAUUGUGUGAUACAAAUCCUUUAGAACAUCUUCAUGACAGUGUACUUCAAAACUGUUCUCCCGUCAUCAAUACAUCAGAAUUCAAUAAUGACAGUGAUUUGAAUCAAUCUGAAAGUCUUCUUCCGCCCAAGGACGACUGUCAGUCUAAUGAUAUCAUUUCCACAGACACUCCUAGUACACCGACACCACCACCGCCACCAACAACAACAACAACAAUAGAAGAAGAAGAAGGAGGAGAAGGAAUAUUGAGAAUAAUACCAGAAUGUAAUGAAACUGACAAUAGUAGUGGCAUUCCUCAAGGAGCAAAUUAUAACGCGUCAUUUAUUCCAUUAA